AUGGACUCCCUCAAGAACGCCGCCCAGAACAAGCUUGGCAAGGACUCUCAGCCCGGCAACAACGUCGAGCGCUCCGCCGAUAACGCCGUCGACCAACAGGUCGACAACGCAACCGGCCAGGCCGGCGUGCCCUCAUCAACCAACAACACCAUCAACGAUGCUGUUAACAAGAAGGUCAACGAGAAGAUCCCCGGCGGCAACUAA